GAGGCUGCACGCCCGGAUUGGAUGAUCCCAGCAUGGAGCGCUACCAGAGAGCCAAUCAGAUGAUGGGAGAGGCAGGAUACAGCAAAGGGAUUCACCCGCAGGCGGUGGAGAUGGACAGACGACCAGGAGGCAUCAUCGUAGCUCCAGUCCUUCCUGGAGCAUAUCAUCAGGGCAUCCAGAUGCAGCAGCAGCAGCAGUAUCACGGCUACAUGCACCAGACCAGCAUGUCGUCUGUCAGAUCCGUCACCUCCCCGCCGCACUCAGCCACCAUGCGUGUUUACCGGGCGCUGUAUGACUACGCGGCUCAAGACCACGACGAGGUCUCGUUCAGGGACGGCGACGUCAUCAUCAACGCUCAGCCCAUCGACGAGGGCUGGAUGUACGGCACCGUGCAGAGAACCGGCAAGUCGGGCAUGCUGCCAGCAAAUUACGUGGAGUGCUGCAACUAGAGGAGGGAGGCAGAGGGAGAGAGAGAGAGAGAGAGAGAGGAGGUGGGCGAAGAAUGAAAUCCACCCUCACUGUUAUAAGAUCAGCAGUCUGUGAUGAUCUUCUUCCUGUGGACAUCACAUCCAGAUGUUUCCAGCUGUUCUAGUAGAUUAUGAAAACAGAAAUUGAUUCACAGGUAAAAAAAACAUCAAGUUGUUUUUGUUUCUCACACACAGAUAUAAUUUAUAUUUCAGCUUCAUGCUUCUUCUCUGGGUGUUAUUGAAAGGCAUUUUGGGAAAUGUAGGCAAUCAUAACUACGGAAGAAGUUUAAGAAGACGUUGAUUUACCCAAAAAAAAGCACAUUUGCAAUUCUUCAUUAUUGAUAACUGCUGGAAUACGCAGAACACCACCGACUGCUGAUACCAGCUGACAGAAUAUCUGAGGAAGGAGAUUUUUCUUACAUUGAGAGAGAGAGAGAGAAGGUAUAAAUCUAGCAUGCUGUCGAUAAGUUAUGUAACUAGAGGAGGGAAAUACGAGAGGAAGGAUGCAUGAAGACAAGUUGUGAGAGAUUAGAAACAUCUGUAACUUGCUUAACGACCUGCAGCAAACUAUAUUAGACUAUCGGCUCGGAUUCAAGCAGAAUGUGAACGAAAUUAGUCAGAAAACAAAAAUCAUUUCAGUCUGAUUAUCGGGCUAGGACGUUUAAAGAGUUCUAUAUGUUUCUUGUUGUCAGUGAAUUACGCUGUUGUUUUUCACUGCUGUUCCAAACACUCACCAGAGCACCACAUGUGGAUUAAUCCGCCACUGAAUAUAGUCCCCAACAAAUGCACAGUUUCUUCCUGCUUUUAAAGAUUCUAACGUCUUCAGGAGGAACCGAUAGGCCGAGAGAUACAGACAGGGAAGUCAAGAAGUAUUGAAUUUGACAAUGAGAAACAUAUUGAAGGGAGAGGAGCAGAGGAAGGAAAGAAGGUAGGAAACACAUUUUAAGAAAUGAGAAUAGGACGGGAAAGAGGGAGAUAACGACUGAAUAUUCUGUCUGUUCCUGCGAACGAUGCAACCAAAGGAAGGAGGGAGGAAAGAAGUACAAGUUUAUGAAUUUAAAUAAGUCCAUGAUAACAAAUUAAUAGGAACACGGUUUUAGAGAUCUCUCAAGUUUAAUCAUUUAUUUAUCUUGAGUUUUAAUUCAUGUUCAGGUGAGUGUAGUUUAGUUUUUGACUUGUGAUAUAAUCUACAGAAAGACAGAAAGGUCACACAGCAACACUAACCUCUGUGUUUGUAAAGGACUGAACUAACACACUGUGUCUUUUCUUUUUCUUGUAUCAAAUGAUUUUGUUUAUUUUUAACUAUGAAUAAAAAGUUUUCACGUCACGUGCUGUCCAGAUGAUUUAACCUCCACACACAGUAACGGUUUAACGUGGACUGAAAUCUGAACAGACUGUGAGUACGUCAGGCCUUGAGAUUUCUGUAUGUCGCAGACUAUUUUGAUACACGGGCUCCUGUCUAUGUUUUGGAAAGAUAUAUUUUACUCUUUUACUCGUGUGUAUCCAGUACGUCGUGUUUUUGGGGUUUUGUUGUCUUGCUGUGUGGAUUGCAUCCUGGUCAUGUGUUGAAUAAAAACUUCACUCAGCCAUCCAUGAGUUGUCAUUCUAGCUGGAGAGCUUUUUGUAUGUUUGAUUUCAUAAAUACUACAUGCAAUAGAAUAUAAUUUACAGAGUAUUCAUGUGUUAACUGUGUUGAUUUUUGGAAUAGGCACUUUGUGUCAUUUCUUUUUUAUUCUCUUGCAUUGAGGAUUUUUGGCUUCUAAUGUCACCAUUGUAAAGUUUUGAUUUAGUCAUUACAGAUUAUAGUUUAUUUGCAUAUUAUUUGAAAUUAUAUAUCACUCAAUCUCAGUUAUGUUUCUUUUUUUGCCAUAUGAUAAUUGCAAUGUGGUAGAAAUAAA